CAUAACCCUAAACAAAAACAAAAACAUUUUUGUUGGCAGUUGGUUCUAAUUAAAGAUACCAAAAACAAGAAUGAGGGGAUUUUCUUUCUGCCUUUUGUUUUCUUUUUCAUUCUUUCUAUUGGGUUUUGUCCAAAGCAAUCCCAAUUACAAGGAUGCUUUAACGAAGUCCAUAUUGUUCUUUGAAGGACAGAGGUCAGGAAAAGUCCCUCCUUCACAAGGAAUCAAUUGGAGGUCCACUUCUGGCCUCAGUGAUGGUUUACUUGCCCAUGUGGAUUUAACAGGAGGUUACUAUGAUGCUGGAGAUAAUGUAAAAUUUAAUUUCCCAAUGGCCUUCACCACUACAAUGCUAUCAUGGAGCACUAUUGAGUAUGGCAGAAGAAUGGGCCCUGAACUGCAAAAUGCAAGGGCUGCAAUCCGAUGGGCCACAGACUAUCUACUAAAAUGUGCCAGGGCCACUCCAGGAAAGCUCUAUGUUGGUGUAGGUGACCCCAAUGUCGAUCACAAGUGCUGGGAAAGACCUGAAGACAUGGACACUGUCCGUUCUGUCUAUUCUGUCUCUGCCAGUAACCCCGGCUCUGACGUUGCCGGCGAGACAGCUGCUGCUUUAGCUGCCGCGUCUAUAGUUUUCAGGAAAGCUGACCCAAAUUACUCAGAGCUGCUAUUGAGUACAGCCAAGAAUGUUUUUCAAUUUGCAUUGAAAUAUCAGGGUGCUUAUAGUGAUUCUCUUGGAUCAGCUGUUUGCCCAUUUUAUUGCUCAUAUUCUGGUUACAAGGAUGAGCUACUAUGGGGAGCUGCCUGGCUAUUCAGGGCAACAAAUCAAAUGUAUUAUUACAACCUCAUAAAAUCUCUGGGAGCUGAUGACCAACCUGACAUUUUCAGUUGGGACAACAAAUAUGCUGGUGCUCAUGUUCUCUUAUCGAGGAGAGCUCUGCUCAACAACGACAAGAAUUUUGAGCAGUACAAAGUAGAAGCAGAAAAUUUCAUGUGCAAGAUUUUACCCAACUCUCCUUUUACCACUACACAAUAUACACAAGGAGGGCUCAUGUACAAGCUACCUGAAAGUAACCUUCAAUAUGUAACAUCCAUAACGUUCUUGCUCACUACAUAUGCCAAGUAUAUGAAAUCUACAAAGCACACCUUCAAUUGUGGCAAUCUCAUGGUCACCCCUAACUCCCUCUUAUACGUAGCUAAAAGACAGGUGGACUACAUUCUUGGGGUGAACCCAAUACAAAUGUCUUAUAUGGUAGGGUUUGGGCCUCAUUUUCCAAAGAGAAUUCACCACAGGGGAUCUUCAUUGCCUUCACUUGCAAGCCACCCACAAACAAUAGGUUGUGAUGGGGGUUUCCAGCCUUUCUUCUAUUCAGCAAACCCUAAUCCUAACAUUUUAAUUGGAGCUAUUGUGGGUGGUCCUAAUCAAAGUGAUGGUUUCCCCGACGAUCGAUCUGAUUAUAGUCAUUCAGAACCUGCAACUUAUAUUAAUGCUGCCAUUGUUGGACCUUUGGCAUAUUUUGGUGGAAGCUCUAAGUAAUUGGAGUUUUUUAUCAGCUUUGUUUCCUUUGUAAAUAUUUCUCUAUGAUUGACACUAAAUUGUGGUCUAUGUUGCCAUCCGAAACUAGGAUGUGCUAAGUUUACCUUAAUUAUCAUCUCAACAUUUGUAUUUCUAGAAAUUUAAGAUUUCGACUUUCGUUUUUUAAGUUUUUAGAAUAUGAAGGACUGUAUCUCAAUGUAUCCUUAAAAAAAGUUUUAAGGGAGAUAGACUACCUCCUAUUGUGUAGUCUAAAAUUUAACUGGGAGUCUAAUUGACCUCCGGAGAAAAAUCCAAGUGAGGACUUUUAUAUUUCUUUUAAUGGAAUUUUGGUACAACAUUUUAGCC